AUGCACUCUCCCAAGAAAAAAAAACCCUCUAGCAAUACACACCAAACUGAGCAUGUGCAGAGUGUCUCCAUCUAAUAUGUCUUAUCAGGAGAUAAGAGGGGGGCACUGGAAGAAGGGGAGGAUCAGAAAAGUCAGGAUCAAACAACAUUUUUACAAUGCAGAGGAUUAACCCCUUAGGUUCCAUAGUGAGUAUAAAAAGCAUGCUUUACUGCCAGGGGCGGACUGACAACUCAUGGGGCAAUAGGGGAUCAUGGGGCCCCUGUGUCCUUGCCCAAACUCAAAAAUGCCUA